GGUGGAGCUUGUCUUGUCAGCUCUCUCAAUCCAAACUCCCAUAAAAACCUCUCUCCUUUUCUCGUUUUCUCGUUUUCUCAUUCAAUCUCUGUUUUUUCCAUAUGGGAUUCGCAACCCUCCAAUCACCCACUUUCAUGGCCGAUUUCCUCCACCAGUCCGGCGGCUACGCGGUUAUUGACGGCGGCCUUGCCACCGAGCUCGAGCGUCACGGCGCCGACCUCAAUGACCCUCUCUGGAGCGCCACAUGCCUCAUUCAUUCUCCUGACCUUAUCAGGAGGGUGCACCUAGAUUACCUUGAAGCAGGGGCAAGUAUCAUAAUAACAGCAUCUUAUCAGGCUACUAUUCAGGGCUUUGAGGCCAAAGGCUUGUCUAGAGAAGAAGCCGAGGCUUUGCUAAGGAGAAGCGUUGAAAUUGCAUGUGAGGCAAGGGAUAUUUAUCAUGAGAGAUGUGCCAAGGGCACUUGUCUAGAGCAGCGUCUAAUCUUAGUUGCAGCUUCUGUUGGUAGCUACGGGGCAUAUCUGGCUGAUGGAUCCGAGUAUAGUGGGCACUAUGGUGCUGCAGUUACUCUGGAAACUUUGAAAGAUUUUCACAGGAGACGGGUCCAGGUUCUAGCUGAGUCAGGUGCUGACUUGAUUGCAUUUGAAACAAUUCCAAAUAAGCUAGAAGCAAAGGCCUAUGCAGAACUUCUUGAUGAAGAAAACAUAAAGAUUCCAGCAUGGUUUUCAUUCACUUCUCUGGAUGGAAUCAAUGCGGUUAGUGGUGAUUCUUUGAUAGAGUGUGCCUCAAUUGCAGAUUCAUGCAAGCAAGUUGUUGCAGUUGGAAUCAACUGCACCCCUCCUAGAUUUAUUCAUGGACUGAUUUUAUUGAUUCAGAAGGUAACUACUAAACCAGUAGUCAUAUAUCCAAACAGCGGUGAGACUUAUGAUGGAGUACGAAAGGAGUGGGUGAAAUCAAGUGGAGUUCAAGAUGGAGACUUUGUAUCCUAUGUGGGCAAGUGGCGUGAAGCUGGGGCUUCCCUUUUUGGAGGCUGCUGCAGGACUUCUCCCCACACUAUAAGGGCCAUAUCUACGACUCUCUCCAGCUAUCUGCAGUGACCAUCCUUGUGUUCAAGACUGCCUUAGACAAAGAUGUAAAUGUUUAACCCAUGUUGAGAAAAUGCGGCUUCAAAUCCAGCUUCCAACCACUAAUGGAAGUUAGCCUUGUUGAGAACUUGAAUAAAUCUGAAGUUAAUAAAUAAAAGUGUCUUUGGGUUUGCAUAUA